AUGUCGUUCGAAGGACAAUACAACACGAAAAGUGCAGGAGUGAAACGUUUGAUGAAAGAGGCCAGCGAGUUGCGAGAGCCCACCGAGCUUUUUGCCGCGCAACCAAUCGAGGAUAAUCUCUUCGAAUGGCACUUCACGGUACGCGGGCCAGCCGACUCGGAUUUCGACGGCGGAAUCUACCAUGGACGAAUCAUUUUCCCGCCCGAAUAUCCGAUGAAACCGCCGAAUAUGAUGAUACUUACACCAAAUGGACGCUUCGAAUUGAAUAAGAAGAUUUGUCUAUCGAUCUCCGGCUAUCACCCAGAAACAUGGCAGCCAAGUUGGUCAAUCAGAACGGCUUUGCUGGCGCUUGUCGGAUUCAUGCCAACAGAUGGCGCUGGAGCGAUCGGAAGUCUCGACUACCCGGCAGUGGAACGAAAGCGGUUAGCGAAGAAAAGCCUUGAAUGGACGUGCAAAGAGUGCGGAAAGUGUAUGAAAGACGCGCUUCGACCACUUUCCGAAGCCGCCGCCCAGCUACAAGACGAAGCGAAAGAGUUGGCGAAACAACUCAAAUUUCAGGAUGAAACAACUCUUCGGGCCGAGAUCAGCAAGGCGGCCACUGAAACUGCAACAAGUGCUGAGACGAAUGCUCAAACUUCGGCGCAAUCAACGAGCGAUGCAGCUGAAACGGUUGAAGAGGUGAUGACAGCGAGUGUGGAGACCGAGACGACGACUCCAGCUUCCGUCAGGCGUCUCUCCAUUUCGAGAGCUUCCCCGUCAUCCACAACACCCAGUCGACCAUCGCAACAACGAGAGUCAUCAAUCGAUCGUUCACUCUUCCUCAUCGUGCCGGCGGUGAUUGUUUGCACGGCGAUUUUUGUCAUUCUUCUCGCUCGACGCUUGGCUCUUUCAUUU